GCGAGCAUCAUUUCUUUCCUCUCCAGUAUGUUAAAAAUCUCACGCUCAUUCGUUUCACUGGAAUAGCGGCAGUCUGAUUGCCGACUCUCUUGACUGAAUCUCGUCAUUAAAAUUUGCUGAGAAAUUUCGUCGAUCAUGAUGAGGCUCGCAAUCCUCUUCGUCCUCGCGAUCGACUUGGCGAAUAGCCAACUCAAUUACGAAGGAAAUCCGUUUACUGAGUACACCGAAUACAUCGCAGAAGAAAGCAAUCUUUCCGAGAGAGCCGCUAAGAAGAAUGACGUUUCAAUCGACCUCCCCAACUCUGUAGUAUCGUCUCAUUCUCAGAAGCUGUAUCCGAUUGUAGAACCCGAAAGCAAUGGGCGUUCACAUCAAGCGGUGGAAACCAAUCUUCUCAAAUCACAGAUUUCGUCUUCGGUUCAGACCUUUCAAUCAGAUACGUCCGCUCGACAGUUUCAAGACUCUUCUGGAAACACACCGAUCAGCCAGGCGGAGGUCGCGCUGAACACGUUUCUGAAUUCCAAGACACCCGAGGAAUCUCGCUUAUCUCUCGAUCAUUACCUUCGUAGUCAACAAUCGCCGGAGGUUCAAUCGCGAUCUUCGGAUGCAAUCAUCAAUCAGGAAUCAUCGAAGACAAUUGAGCCGCUCAAUCCUCAACCAAUUUCCCAUGUCGAGCAACAACAACAGUUGUUAGUCCCUCAAGUGAACCAGCAACAGGUGCAGCAAACGUCACAAGUAGACCAAGUCCAGUUGGUGCCGCAACUAGUGCCACAGAUUGAUCAGCGGGAACAACUGUUACCGUCUGCUGGCCAGACUUACGGCUAUGUAGGACAACCGGCCAUGAUACAGGCGAUACAGCCAGUAAUCAGAACACCAGCCGGAGUUGUCCUGGGACAGAAAAUGCUGCAACCAGUGCCACUCGUGCCCGCUUUCCAAACCAGGAACGAUAUAAUAACGCCGGCAAUGUGGCGAGAAAGAAUGAGGAGGCUACGUGGGAAGCCGUUUCCCUUUGCGCAACCUAGGAUUGGACCAGCAUUGUAUCAAGGACCAAUCGCAGUUCCUUUCAAGGCCAAGGCACCAUUGGAAGUGAUCUACACGAAACCACCAGGUCUUCAUCGAGGACCGCCUAUUCUCAGCAAUCCACCGGUUCCCUAUGAGGAUGCGAGCGCCUGGUUUCCCGACUCCGAUCAACCUCCUCCCAACAAGGACGUCUAUUAUUCGCAGUUGUACGCACAGUCCUACGAUCCUCACUAUUACAACUACAUCGCCACGACUGGUAAGAUCCGGCCGUAUUUAUACGGAAAGUUAGGCAAACAUCAAGAAGAACAGGACGACGGUAUCUGGUCGGAGCUGUAUCGUGGCUUCAAGAAGCAUGGUCUGAGAAAUAUCAUGACGCCAACUUUCCUGUUGGGCAUGACGCUACCAGUGGUGACUCUAAUGCUCUCCGCCCUCGUGCAGAAGCGGUCCAUCGCGCGAUCCGACAAUGCGAGGGAGUUAGCCCAGGAAGAUGCUUUGCAAGAAUACCUCGAGAGAUUGCAGAGAGCGAUGAAGUGUUACGGUAGAAAUUCCCGAGACGAGAAGCUAGAUGGAUGCUAGAAUCAAGGACGUGUCUCUACCUGUUAUCAAUAUCGCACCAGAAAAUUAGCCCCGCUAUAGCGUUGAGAGUUGCAUUUAGUCAUUCAGACAACGAUAACAAACGUAAACAUUUGAAAUGCUUUUAGCACUCAAAUUAUUUUAAUAUUUAAACCAUUUAUCCAUUAAUUGAUAUUAAAAUACCAGACUCUU